CCCAGGAUGACCUCCACCUUUCUUUCAUUUCUGAAACAUAGACUGAACAAACACCUGAAAAGUUUUCAAUUGCUUUUUAUAACCUUCUCCUGCUUUGUGGCUAUCAGUUACUUUCAAUUAUAGUUACAGAAGGCAAGAUAUAUGUAUUGAGGAAACCAUGGGACCAUUUUGAGUAGUUUGGUAGCUUUUUUUUUUUUUUUAGAGCUCUAAGCCUAAAGCACUGAAAGAUUGCUUCACAUUUAACUAUAUGCCUUUGAGGGAACAUAGAACUAUUAAAACACGUAGAAACCUUUUCAUAUGCACGCAUAUCUAACAGAACGUGGGAGCAGAUGCAGUAAUGUCGGACUCCAGGACUUUUGAAGAAGUGAAAGCUCAAGUUCUUUCUGCCCAUAGUUGUUCAGGGCCCAAGGAGAAAGUAAAGUUCUACAACACCUGGGCUGAAAAGUAUGAACAGGACGUUGCAAUUUUGGACUACAAUGCUCCUUUUUUAGCUGCAGAAUGCAUUGCUUCACACUUCACUGGUGAGAAAGAGAGCGCUGUUAUUCUGGAUGUGGCAUGUGGGACAGGUCUGGUCUCUGGACAUCUGAAGAAAAUGGGGUUUCGUCACUUUGUGGGAGUGGAUGCAAGUGAGAAAAUGUUGAAUCUGGCCACCAAAACAGGCCUUUAUCAGGAGCUGAAGAAAAGCAUGCUGUGUCAGGAUCCUUUUCCGGUACAAGAUGAGUCAUAUGAUAUAGUAGUAAUCGUGGGAGCUCUAAGUAUUGGGCAUGUGCCAGUGUCUGUCAUCAAGGAGCUCUGGCAAGCCACCAAGCCAGGUGGCUUUGUGUGCAUGACCACCCGAGGCAAUGCUGAUAAUUUCGAGUACAAAACAGAGCUGGAACGUGUGAUUCGUGUGAUGGAGGAAGAAAAGAAAUGGAGCUGUGUAGCUAUCAAUGAAGUGGCUAAUUGGGAGAAGGCAGUGUCUGAACACGAGCGUGGGUACAUCACUGGAGUCGUUUAUCUCUAUCAGAGAGCUCAUCAAGUAUAGAUGUGAUUGUGCUAGAAUUGUGCUAGAGAGUGUCAGAAAAGAAAUGUUCAAUUGCAUGGCCUUCAAAUACUAGCGGUAGUCUUAUAAUGUGUUUUAAGAAGAUAAACAGGAAAAAAAACAAACACCAGGGAACACAAUUAACAUUUAUGGCACAUGACAUUUUGGCAGACAUGCUUAUCUAGAGCGACUCUGAACAGUUGAGGGUUAAGGGCCUUGCUCAAAGACCCAGCAGUGUCAUCUUGGUCGUGCUGGGAUUUGAACUUGUAAUCGUCCAAUCCAUAGUCCAAUGCCUUAGCCACUGAACUUCCACCGCCCAGAAUCAAUGCACAAAUUAGCACUUAGAUUUUAGAUACAAAAGUAUACAUGUUUUUUUAAUCAAAUCAUGGCACCAUGAAACAAUAUCAAAAGUAAGAGCUGCGGGAUUAUAUACCUGUAUCUAUUCUACAGUUUUAACAAAUCUAAAUGUAAUUAUUUAAUUCCUAUUAGAAGACUUUUUUUAAAUCACCAUUAGGUGGCAGCAUCACUACAAAAAAAGCUUCAGUGUCCAACCAGUGCAUGUUUUUGCUGAUUAUCUUCCAUAACAUUAUUAUUGACUAAAUAAAAGCCAAUUCCAACGUUA